AUCCUGCUGAUUUCCAAAUUGGCACAUUGUUGAAGAAGUCCUGCGUAGUUUUAUUCUCCUUUGCUAUUUCCUAACUGGAAAUUCAGUGUUCCUAUCCUGUAAUUAUCCCAAUAUCUAUAAAAAGCUUCAGAUGAGGUGCAUUGGAGUGGUUGUGCAUUUAGUUCUUUGACUGUGUUACCCUACAGAUCAGUAACCUUGAUUGAUCUGCUGUAUUCCCAACCUUUCCUUUCUUCUUUCCAGAAGCAAAAGGGGUUGAAAUGCCAAUCAAACUGACUGUGUCCCAGGGGCAGCCAGUGAAGCUGAACUGUAGCCUGGAGGGAAUGGAAGAACCGGAGAUGCUGUGGAUCAAGGAUGGAGCUGUGGUGCAGGGUAUAGACCAGGUGUACAUUCCAGUAAAUGAAGAACACUGGAUAGGCUUCCUCAGCUUGAAGUCUGUAGAUCGGACAGAUUCUGGAAAAUAUUGGUGCCAAGUGGAGACCAAUGGGAAGAAAGAGGAAUCACAGCAUGUAUGGCUUAUUGUGGAAGGUGUUCCUCAUUUCACUGUUGAGCCAAAAGACAAGUCAGUUAUCCCUGGUGCGCCUUUCCAGAUGGCUUGUGCUGCAGUAGGACCACCUGAGCCAGUGACAAUUGUCUGGUGGAUGGGUGAUUCCAGGCUUGGACAUCCAGACAUCUCUCCCUCCACUCUAAAUGUGUCAGGUAUUAAUCAAAGCACAGUUUUCUCCUGUGAAGCCCAUAACAUAAAGGGAUUAUCUUCAUCUCGGACGGCCAUUGUACGGAUUAAAGCGGGUUUCAUCUCUACUCAUUUGUGGAUUUCAAUCAGCCAUGACUCAAACCAGGAGCCAAAAGAGUGGAUUCUUUCCCAAAGGAUCAUGUUUGAAAACCAUAGCUAUCUUGUACAGACCUUGAUCCAUGAUGGGGAAUGUAAUGUCCAGUGAAGGAAUAUGUCAAGGAAUAUGAUUGCUUCAGUAUUUUUUUUACAAGAAUACACAACCAUUUUAAAUUGGUGAACACAUUUAGAAUCUAGAGAGCAUGUUCUGGCUACUCGACAAAAUGACCAUUGUAACCUUGCUUAAUCAUGAAAUGACUGUUGUGGGAGAAGCCGGUCACAAAGCAGUCUUUUAUGUAGUCAUCCACUAUUUUUAUAUGGGUGAUGCUGAAAGCUGGCAUUUUGAUUUAUAGUGCAUCACCUUCAGAUAGAUAGAUAGAUAGAUAGAUAGAUAGAUAGAUAGAUAGAUAGAUAGACAGACAGACAGACAGACAGACAGACAGACAGACAGACAGACAGACAGGAAGCUGGAGGUACCAUAGAUAUUACAUUGUUUUUACAAGACUGUUUUGAGUGCACAGAUUGGGGCAUAUUUAAGGAAGCAGCUAUUGAUAACUGGAAAAACAAAGAGAUCAUUGUUGAUUUCAGAAAAGGCAGGCACAGCCACACUUCUCUGUGCAUUAAUGAGUCACCUGUGAAGAUGGUUACUAGCAUCAAAUUCCUGGGUGUGCAGCUAAUGAGUAGGCUGAUUUGGUC